AUGGGUACAAAAGAUGAGGAAAAGGGGAAGGCGCAGGAGGCCCUGCAGGAGCGGUACCGGCUGGGUUCCCUGCUGGGGUGCGGCGGAUUCGGCAGAGUCUUCGCACCAACGCGGCUCUCGGACGGCGCCCCGGGCACCAGCGCUCCCCUGGAGGUUGUGCUGCAGGACAAGGUGUCCACUGGCUUCCCCGGUGUCAUCCAGCUGCUGGAGUGGCUUGAGCUCCCCAACGACAUUGUGAUGGUGCUGGAGCGGCCAGAGCAGUCUCAGGACCUGCACCAUUUCAUUCGGGCACGGGGCUUCCUGUCCGAGGGGGUGGCGCGGCAGCUGUUCCGCCAGGUGCUGGAGGCCGUGCGGCACUGCACCAGCUGCGGGGUCCUGCACCGCGACAUCAAGCCAGAGAACAUCCUGGUUGACCUGGCCACCGGGCAGGCCAAAUUGAUUGACUUUGGCUGUGGCACCUACCUGCAAGAGACAGCCUACACUCACUUUGCAGGAACACCAUCAUACAGCCCCCCGGAAUGGACCCGCUUUGGCUGGUACCAUGGCGAGCCAGCUACCAUCUGGUCCCUGGGCAUCCUGCUGCACGAGAUGGUCUGCGGGAAGAUG